GAGAGGGAGAGAGCAGCACAAGCAAGCUAGCUAGCUGUACUGGCAGUCAAGCAAGCAGGCAAGCAGACAGGCGAACUAGCAAGCAGUGCAACUCAGAAAGCUGCAAUGGUGAAAUAAGCACGAAUCGUGAAGGGCAGAGUUUUUUGGUGAAACAAUCCAUUGAACAUCGCGGUCCGAGACUCGGCUGUUCCAGUUAGAUUUAAUUUCUUAUUCAAUACCUUGAAACCAUUGGAAAUUAUGUCCCGAUCGGCGCAUAUCCAACCGGCAAGAUGAUGAUUUUACCAAGGAGAGGGUUAGGUUGUGUAGCAGAUUCGGUGGUCUUGGUGAUUCUCGUGGUCAUCUCUUGCUUGGGAACCGUAUCGACCAAGGAUACAGCCUUUGUGGAAGUUGUGCUUUUUGAGUCAAGUCCAAAUGGAGAUUAUACCACUUACACGACCGGUUUGCAAGGACGAUUUUCCAAAGCAGGAGCCACAAUCAGCGCAGAGGGUGAAAUCGUACAAAUGCACCCCCUGGGCCUGUGUAACAACAAUGAUGAGGAGGACCUAUACGAGUACGGCUGGGUGGGCGUGGUCAAGCUGGAGCAGCCCGAACUGGACCCCAGCUGUCUGACCGUGCUGGGAAAGGCCAAGAGAGCGGUACAGAGAGGGGCCACGGCGGUCAUCUUCGAUGUGUCUGAAAACCCAGAGGCCAUUGAUCAAUUGAACCAGCUGGCGGAGGAUCCCCUGAAGCGUCCGGUAGUGUACGUGAAGGGCGCCGACGCCAUCAAGCUCAUGAACAUCGUCAACAAGCAGAAGGUGGCCCGCGCCAGGAUCCAGCACAGGCCGCCCAGGCAGCCUGCUGAGUAUUUCGACAUGGGCAUCUUCCUGGCCUUCUUCGUGGUGGUGUCCCUGGUCUGCCUCAUCCUGCUCAUCAAGAUCAAGCUCAAACAGCGACGUAGCCAGAGCUCCAUGAACCGCAUGGCCAUCCAGGCGCUGGAGAAGAUGGAGACGCGCAAGUUCAAGGCCAAGGUCAAGGGUCAGCGGGAGAGCAGCUGCGGAGCGUCGGACUCCGUCAGCAGCAGCUCCACGUCGGACUGUGCCAUCUGCCUGGAGAAGUACAUAGACGGGGAGGAGUUGCGAGUGAUCCCAUGUGCCCAUCGGUUCCAUAAGAAGUGUGUGGAUCCAUGGCUCCUUCAGCACCACACGUGUCCCCACUGCAGACACAACAUCAUAGAACAAAAGAAGGGAAACGGAGGGCCCGUCUGCAUGGACCCGGGCAACCCAAUGCACAGCCGGCAGCAGAGGGUGGUCCUCCCCGUCCACUACCCGGGCCGAGUGCACCGCACGGGGCAGGUGACCGCCUACCCGACCCGCACCAGCAUGGACCCUCACGGCAACCCCAUCACGGUGCUGACGGUGGACCAGCACCCGGACCAAGGUGGCGCCGGAGGCCUCUACCCGGCCCAGUCCUCGGCCUUCCUGCGCGGCUACCCGGCCCUGCACCUGGAGCACGCCCUGGGGCCCCACCACUGUGCCCUGGAGCACCGGGCGGCAGCCAUGGCCUCUUCGUCCGCGGCCGCAGCAGCUGCAGCCGCCGCCGCCACCGGCGGCUACCCGCAGCCGCACCACGGCGCCUUCAAGCGCUCCAAGUUCUCCAACGGGCGGGGCGGUAAUUUCUCGCGGGCGCCCUGCUUCUCGCAGUACGAGACCAUGUACCAGCACUACUACUUCCAGGGCCUCACCUUCCCCCAGACCACGGACGCUCACGGCCAGCCCGGUGGAACAGGGGCCGGGCUCGGGAUGGGUGUCGGGGUCGGCAACGGUGCUGCUGCUGCCGCUGCUGCUGGCGCUGUUGCUGGUCUGGGCCCGCACAAGGGCCAGAGCCGGGCCUUCCAGCAGGGACUCCUUUACCCGACAGUGGUGCACAUGGCGCCGGCCUCCAGCUCGCGCAUGGCCGACUUAAGUUUAGGGCCCGGCGGCGGGGCGGGCGCCGGCAGCAGUAGCUCCGGGGGGCUGAGCUGCUACCACCACGGGCACCGCUCGGUCUGCAGCGGCUACCUGGCCGACUGUCCGGGCAGCGACAGCAGCAGCAGCUCCAGCUCCAGCUCCAGCUCGGCGCAGUGCCACUGCUCGUCCAGCGACUCCAUGCUGGACUGCACCGAGGUCAGCAACCAGGGCGUGUACGGCAGCUGCUCCACCUUCCGCAGCUCGCUCAGCUCCGACUACGACCCCUACGUCUACCGCAGCCGCAGCCCAUGCCGGGGCUCCGCCGGCGGGGAGGUGGCGGUGGCCAUGCCCCCUGUGGGUGGUGGUGGUGGUGGUGGUGGUGGGUCGCCAGGUAACAACAGUGCCGGCACCACGCGGCCUUCCUCCACCACGGGUGGUGGUGUUGCUACGGAGGAGUGUUUGCCCUCGUUGCCAGGGGCGCUGGACUGCAUGCAGCUGACCUCCUCUUUGGCACCAUCGCCGGCACCUCCACCCCCACCUGCACCCUGCUACAACUCCCCUGGGGACCUCCACAACCACCUCCACCACCAUCAACACCAGCACCAUCAGCAGCAGCAGCAGCACCUCUCCUCAUGUGAGGACUCCUCUUUCUGCACCAACAGCCGGCCCCUGAUGCCAGAGUCCUCCAGGGAUGGCAACACCAGCACCAACACCAACACCAGCACCAGCAUCAGCUUCAACUCCCUCCACCAGCAUCACCAGCAGAGGGAGUCCUUGUACGGGGCCAGCAGCACGGCCCACCACCACCACCACCACCACCAUAGACCCUCAGUGGAGGUGGUGGAUGAGGACGUGGGACAAGAGUUGGAGGAGGAGGAGGAGGAGGAGGAGAAUGGAGUCGCCGGGGGCAGCUGCAGCUGCUGCCUGGAGACCUUGCCGCUCCAUCUCCAUCCCCAUCCCCAUCCAGCAGGGAGUCAGGAGUCGGGGAGGCACCAUCCACCAUCCCGCGAUGCUCCCAGCCUGGCCGCGGUGAACUUAUGUGGGACAGUGGGUGGAGGUGGAGCAGGUGGGGCGUCUGUUGGUAUGGAUGCCCUAGCUGCAGUAGGUGGUGGUGGUGGUGGUAUGGGGGAUUGUAGAGGGUACGAUGGCUUGCCGUGCUGCUUCUACCAGGAGCUGGCCAUGCAGCAGCGGGGGGGCUCUGGUGGUGGGCGAGGCAGCUCAGGGGGCAGCCCCGGUGCCGGCGGCGCUAUGAGUGGGCAAGGCGGGCGGGCAAGCUUGGGCUGCUACUCGGAGGACUACGCCGUGAGCAUUCAGUACUCGCAGGUGGACGCUGACGUGCACGGCGGUGGUGGUGGCGGCAGUUACGAAUCCGCGACGCGCCGGAUUCCCAUCAUUCCCGGGGACGCUCCCGGUGGCGACGUCGCUGGUGGUGGCGGCGAGUCGGGGCCUGAGCUGGACGCGGAGCCCCGGGCGUCCCUGCUGCGCUCAUGCCGGUCGUCGGCCUGGGGGGCCGAGGACCGGCGGACUAGCGAGCGCGGCGGCGUUGGGGAGUCAGCUGCCAAGCCUCUGUUUGCCCAAGCGGGACCUUUGUAUCGGGACAGACAGGCGUACGUUCAGCCGGGGGCCGAUACAGCAGAGACACUGGCCCUCUUCUCGUCCCCUUCGAGGGCUCCCUCGUCCACGCAACCCGGCACCAGUGCCCCCACCUGCACAGCCACGGACAAGGCCUGUGGAGUAUGACCCUCUCAAAUGAGCUCCCCCACCCCCCCAACCACAGUGGCCUCGCGUAGAUAGACACCUCUCUUCACCUUGUCUGCAGUUGCCUUGUUAAAACUUUCACUGAAUGUCAGCUUCACAAACUGUGUGAGUGUCUACUGAGGCUCUCUUUCUUUCUUUCUUUCUUUCUUUCAUUCUGUCUCUUUCUCUUUCUUCUUGUCUUUCUUAUCUCUCUUGUCUCUCUUUCAUCAUCUUGCAUCACCCUUUUGAUCUCUGACAUGAUGUGUCUGUUAUCCAUUUGAUUCCUGUGGCCUUCUGCAAAAAAACUAAAGCGUAGCAGCUGUCAAAUCCCUGGUGUAUUAAACAGAAACGGACUGAGCCAGUUUUUAAAAAGCACACACACCUCACCAAGCUCAGCAGCCAUUUUGAAAAGCUGCCUGUACGUACAAAUGGUGCAAGUUCAGGACUGCAUUAUGGCAUUGACUUCCGUUCAUUCUAACUUCAUGCAUUCACUCACUCUCAUCCAUUCACUCUUUUUUUUUUAAUAAUUUCAUGAAUUCAGUCAUUGAUUCACACAACUGAAGUUGAUCUGCCUUAAAACAUGUUCCCUAAACACCACCUUUUAUACAUGAUCAUCAAGAUUGUAUCAGAUCUUUUUUUUAUUUGAAAACUUUUUUUUAAAUAUAAUUUCCCAUUUUUUAACCAGUUUUUUUUUUACCAGUUAGUCAAGGUCAUUUUUCUUCCAUUUUUAAGAUUUUUUAAAACGUGUUGUUAACCCACAUUUGGCCUGUGAUGACCAGUGCAUUCUGGGAGAUUUCAUCCCAAAACACAUCAUGCUGAAGUUUAGAGUUCAGUUA